UUUUUUUUUGUCUUUUUUCAGGCAAACGACAUUCUGUUCUGGUAAUACGAUCGUGAUGUCCACGGGUUUUGCUUCAGGCGGUUUCACAUCACGGCUGUGAUGGAGCUACGAGGCGGACAUGGGACGGACACAGAAAGCAAUCGAUCCUGCGUUAAAAUCAUCUUAUUUAUAUUUACAUGACAGUGCAAUCGGUCUUUAACCGUAGAUGUAGUCGUUUACGGGGUGUUGUUUGUGGAGUAUUAUGUACAUAGAACAUGGAGAAGCAUAUCGACACGCAGGACGACUGCGGCUCUGCUCCACCUGACAGGACACUGUCAUUUCCGGACGACGUUUACGAGUGCAAAAUAUGCUACAAUUCCUUCGACCUAGAUCAACACAUUCCCAAAGAGCUGGUCUGCUCGCACACCUUCUGUCAGCAGUGUCUCACAACUCUUCACUCUCGGGAAGGUCAUGGCUGGAGAAUCGGUUGCCCUGUGUGUCGCCACCGAACUCCGGUUCCGGGAUAUCGGGUUCAAAACCUUCCAGACAACACCACACUCACUGAGACUCUCCCGCUGGAAAAGCAGGACUGCGUGGACUCGGAACCCACGCAGGAUGGUCAGGCAGGUGCAGGCGACUCUGUGUGCAGGUCAGAAGUGGACAUAGACCACAGGUGCUGUCCUCAGACCUGCAAACGAGUUGCAUUCACGACGGGGUGCGUGUGCGCCGUCCUCUCCGCCCUGUGCACGCUGGCGCUGUUGUUAGUGGGCCUCAUCCUGGUCCAGAACCACAACGACACCAGCUCGCCAUUGGGUGCUGUCUGUUUAAGUCUUUGCAGCGCUUUUGCCUUGUUUUCGCUCAUUCUGACAUGGGUGACGUGUCUGUUGAGGCACCGACCUGAAACUGAUACCAUCAACAUUAGUUCCCCUCAACAUUAACAUGCUAUAACAGGACAAUCUCACCAACAUACAAUGUUUGGUCGGUCAUAAUACUUUAAGAAAAUGCAUUCUUUCAGUAUCACUGCACACAGUUAAGCUACACAUUUCAUAAUUGUUUAUUGGGAAGAACAAAAUGCAGAAUAAGACGGUACAGCACUUACUAUGGACCAAAGGACAAACCAUUUACCAGACAAAAAUGUUUAAUGGGUUGUUCGUCAUUGUUGGAAUCUCCUGGUCACAUUUAAGCUAAAUAAAACGGUGUCUUUUUUAAAUUUACACAUUUAAUUUUACCCAUAGUCCAACAGUUCAACAACUGCAGGUAUUCCUAUUGUUUAUAACUUCACAGGAUGUUUAAAUCUCAACGUAGAUAAUUUAUAUAAAUCUAAAUCUGUAACUUAAGCAAAAUGUUGUUUUUAUUUGUUUUUCGUUUGUUUUACAGUAAUAUAUUGAGGAUGGCACACAGGAAAGAUACAUCUGACUAAUCUCUGCUUAGGUAUGUAGAGUGGUGAGCACACAUGGGACAAAACUUUAUUUUUACCUCACAUGACACACGAACGUCAAAAUUGAAGGAAUUAUAACUUUAAUCCACACUGGAGAGAGAGAGAUCCAGAUAGAUCAUGAAUUGAAUGACUGCCACCUACUGGGAAUAUUUUCCACUGUUAAGUACACACUGGUCAAUGUGUUUGCAAUAGCAAAAACAAUAAUUUAACUAUAUAAAGAGACUAUAGUGUUGCAUUAUGGAAAACACAUUAACAUGUACUUUCUGUGACUUUGGGGUGACUACUAUUUCAUUAAUGUACUGUGUAUAAACAUAUAUAUACAUGUAUACACAUAUACAGUAAGAGUGCUUCAGACUUUAUAUGGUUGUAGUGUAAUAAAUUGUUUU